GGAAAAUGAGCAAACGACGUGAUUCUGAGGCCGCAUUCUGUCCGCCAACAUGAUUUCCUCUUUGUUCUUCAGCUUGACGUUAUUUUCAGCCGUUGUUGGACAGUCAGUCCUUGUUGACAUUACUGAUACCACGGAAUUUCCAUAUGUGUUUAGGGUGCAACUGUCAGACCAGGGAUACCCAACCACUUUUCCCGGAUUUGCGGUGAGCCAGAAAUACAUCCUCACCUCUGGCCAGGCUUUCCGUCAAGAUGCUGCCUUGAUCACAAUUACCGAUCAGCUCGGCGUGGUCUAUCCGACACCGAGGAGUUCUGAAAUCGCGGGACGGUUUGCCAUCUUGAGAAUAUGCAAACCACUGCCUGGACCCUUUAUUUCGAUGUCGGGGCCGAACUUCAAUGACCUCACAGCUAACGUGUCCGACGCAGAAUUUAUCUUGUUCAAGGAAGACGACAACGUGCUGAAAAGAGUGACCAACUUGACUGUGUUGGACAUGGCAUCCUGCGCGACCGCCAGCAACGCCUCCGUCGCCGCUGAAAGUAUUUGCGUGGACAUGAACUCGACUCCUGAAUUUUGCUCGUAUAUUUCCGAUGCCUUUGGAGCAACGCCGACUUACGUCAGAGCUCCAGCGGUGGUGAUCGCUGGCCAGGUGAACGCGAUUUACACCGCUUCCUCCAAAAUCGGCUGCAACAGCGCUAACGCCAGCGACGAAGUCGGAUUCUACUCCAGUAUCUUACUCAGUCUUAACACUAUAAUCGCAGAAAUCCCAGACGGAGUGGCGAAUCCUUAGAUUUCGUCUGUCUCUGGAUGAAUAAAAUUUCAAUUCGACCCUCAAA